AUGUCAACCGCAACCACUCCGAUGACCAGCCUCUCUCCUCUCGACAACAUCAACAUUAACAUCAACUCAUCGCCAACACCACUGUCGUCGCAUCUCAACACCACCACAGUCUCAACACCCACUGCACCCUCCUGGCUCCUCUGGCAGUUCCUCGACUCUGCUCUCCCCACCGGAGGAUUCAUCGCCUCCAACGGCCUCGAAGCCUUUGCCAAACUCCACCCAGAUGCCACUUCACCCAAGGACAUCGAGGCCUAUGUCAACUGGAGUGUACACUCCUGUGGAUACACCAACCUGCCGUUUAUCACCGCUGUCUGGAAACUUGUCGAUGAAUGGACUUUGAGGGACAUUCAACUCAAGACGGAGAAGGGCAAGGCCAAGGCGAUGAAAAGUGUCCUGCACCGGAUCGGGAACAUUGAUCGGGAGUACGAUGUGUUUAUGAACAACGCUAUCCAGAACGCAGCCUCGAGGAAGCAAGGCGAUGGUAUUGUGAUGAUGGGGGUCAAAUGCUUCGCAGACCAAUUGAAUAACAAGGCGUCUUCAAGGGCCAAGAGUAGGAUGCUGGAGGAAGACGACGAGGAGGAAGGAGAGGAGGAGAGUGAGUUGGGGCCAAACAUUAGGAUCUUGAAACCGUUCAAGGCGCUAUUGAGAAGUGAGGAGGUUGCGGGACACUAUCCGAUUGCUUUUGCGAUGAUUGCCCGUCUACUCGGCUUUGAUCUUGCGACAACACGAUACCUACAUUUGCAUUUGCAUGCGCGGACACUGCUGUCGUCGGCGAUUCGAUUGGCGCUGGUGGGGCCAUUUCAGGCACAGCAUAUUAUGACCCGAUCGCAGGCCAAGGCAAGGUUUAUCGAUGCAAAGACGGCGGAUCUGACGAUUGAGGAUGCGGCACAGACGUUCUUGUUGGGCGAUAUCUGUUCAGGCAACCAGAUUGGUUCGGCUGACUCAUCCAGAACAUCUACAACGCCCGCACCAGCGGCGACAACAACGACAAAAGAGUCAGGAACAACAACAACAGUGCCUGGAGACACAGUGGCAAUGGACGUCUCUACCACCGCCACUACCACAACACGCGCAGCAACAGCCGCGACGAUGGGUCAGCCAGUAGCAUCAUCACCUUCCUCCUCGCGGGACCAACAAACAAACCCAUCACGGAAAUCCAGACGAGAGGAAGACUUGUCGUACCUGGCGCGCCCCAAGGUCCUCAUUCAAAACCACCCACCACAAAUACCCCUCAACACAAGAUUCGCUCGACCCAACACAAGGAGGAAUGCCUCGCCGGACACCAGAGCGCUCGAGUUGCUCGGCAGGAGAACGAAGAGACGGAGACGGUCUGGAGAGUCUGAGGUUCGCGCACGCCCGUCUGGGGUAGGUGGGUAUGAUAUCAGUGAUAGCGACGACUUGUCCUCCGCAGACUCGAUAUUAUCUUCCGCAGACUCGAUGGAUGUGGUGGAUGAUCAACAGGUCCAAGAGCAGCAGGUUGAACCGCGGGAUGAAGAGGGCGCCAGGAAAUCGGCUAAAGUAAAUUUGAUCCCGAAGGUGGCUCCAAACGAGAGUGUAGCUGCGACGGCAUCCAAUACACCCAGGCGCAUCCAGGAAGAGACUGUGCAGGAUACCCCCAAGGUCUCCACCAACACCGCCACCAACACCGCCACCGACAAUGUCGCCACCUCAAAGCAGUCUUGUGCCGUGAUUGAGCCUACCACUGAUGUCCCUCCAGCACGAACUUCGACUAUAAUUGCUGAUGCGGCUAAGGAGACUCGCUCAAUCAACACCGACAGGGCUCCUCGGAUGCCUGCCCAAAUUACAUCAGUGAUCCAGGCUUCGCCCAGCCGGCGUGUUGUGUUCUCUCCUGACAAACAGGAGUCCUGUCUCUCAAUCCCCAACAACACGAAUAUUCAAAAACUCAAAGGAAUUCUCAAGACCACUGUCAAGCCCGUCGGGAAACUCGACAUGUCCAAAAUGACCAUGCCCACCGAAGAAGAAAUCGCCAACAACCGCCCGAUCGUCAAGCGGAAACAUAAACUCGUCCAAAAGUCCAUCUCUGCUCGCUUGAUGGAGUCCCACAUUCCCAACAACAAGUCCAAAGUCCCCGACAGCGACUCUCCCUUCAUUGGCGGCAGCAACUCGGCUCUCACUUUUGCGGCCUCGCCAGCCAAGGUUCUGGAUCCGUUUAUCAGAGAGUCGAUCGAAAAAUUGAAAUCGCAGGAUCUUGCCGUCCGCAAGGCGACGUACGACUCGAUGCUAGAUAUUCUCAGGACCUCGAAGGACAAGACCUAUUACGACGAGAUUCAGGAAUCGAUCAGGCCCCUCACUGCGCGCAUCUUGAUUGACCUUGACCAUGGCAACGCCGAGACUGUCGUGACGCUGUCGGUUUACAGAUGCCUCGCUUUCUUGUUCUUUGAGCGUCCUAUCGCGCAAUUGUUCACAGCUAAUGAGGUGGACCGCCUCCUCAAGUUUGUCCUCCGCGUCACCAAUACCAGUAACGACAAGACGCUGGUUAACGUGUCGCUCUGCUGUCUGGGAACGUGCAUGGUGCCGAUGAAGAUUCUUGCGCCUUAUUGUGAGCAAAUUAUUCAGAGCAUCGCCAACCACUUGAACUCUCGCUUGAACUCGACAAGCGCUACAAACGAGGGCAUACUGAACUUGAUUGCCUUCUUGGUCAACCAUCAGGAGGAGAUUGUACCAAGCGCACCGGUCUGGCUGUCCUCGCUGUUACUCCUUCUUGUUCAUGAUGUUCCAGGAAUCCGAAAGAAGGCACUCGAGAGUGUACAGGCCCUUAUUCCCACCUUCCUCCAGACGGAUGACAACCGUCUCCGAAUGGCGGCGAUCGCGUUUAUGAAUGAGCACGGCGAGAAAUUCGUCCAGAAGUUGGAUGAGGAGCACCUCAAGCCCUCCCAUGUGGCAAUUGUCUUGGGCAAGGAUCUGCACCGCCAUCCCAUACUCAACCCUAUGCUGAAAGUUGUGGAGACUGCCUUUAACCGGGGCAUAAACAAGAACACCGACGCCAAAAUCACCGCGUUCAAGGCGUGGACGCGCCUGAUAUACAGCUUUUCGCGGGGCGGUCACCUUCACGCUGAAAAGACUCGCAAGUUGAUUUUGAGGCCUAUUGCCAAAGGCUUGGGACCACUUAAUCAUAAUCGCACGCGACUUGCUGCUACGAAUGCCUGGAUGGCGUUGGUGUACGGUCUGGGACCCGAAUUAGUCAAGAAUGCCGACGAGGUCUUCUUCCCCGUUGUACGGCCUUUAGUCACCGAUGAGUCCGAGCAUAUUCGCGAUCUUAUCUUGAGACUCCUCACAGCCAUGUUCAGCAACUCUGGCGGCGCCGACCUUCUGGAGGGCUCACAGUUCAUUGCACCAGGAUCGAUCUCGUUUUCAGACUUGGGAAUGUCCGAGGCGCAUUGGGUACGAACGAAGCUUUUGGACGAAGGACUGGAAUGUCUCUUCUUGACAAUGCAUCUCCAGCAUAAAAUUACCGAUGCCAGCCGAGAUGAGUGGCGCCUGAGCAGUAUCACUGGUUUGCCUUUCCUGACUCAACCGUGCUCAAGACUCUGGGAAAGCCUCGUGAGGGCUGUUCGGGAUAUCAACCUACACGAGAAAGGCUUGAAGGCGACAGAUGAAGCUGAACGUGCAGUAUCGUCGCUGUUGUACUUUAUUGAAAGGGUAUCAAAGUCGAACCCAUCGACUCUUGUUCCUGGCGACUGGCCUGAUCAGGAAAACGACGACGUUAAAAAGCUACAGGCUGACCCUGAGAAAACAGGAUAUAUCAUUCGCGCAGACAUUGUUCACUACCUAUAUACGGGUCUCGUUGAGAUCAUGUCUGUUAAAACGCUUGUCGCCACGCGCUACAAGGUGCGGGAUACGAUCCAUGCGGAUAUUUUCGACGCAUUACAGCAGGAAUCUACCAACUCAGAAUCGCCAACAAAGAUCACUCAGGUUGCGGAACCUAGAGACGCCACCAUGUCACCCAUGGCAAGCAGCCUCCAAGCGCUGCGGGCACUCUACAGAUGUGUCGGCCAUUUGGACGAUAUCAAGGCCAAGAGGCAAACAACCAGCACUUCGGUCUGGCCUGCAGUGUCACACGGCCCCACCUCGUCCUUGGCUUUCCGUGACUUUGAGAUCAAGUACUGGUCUAUCGUUGCUGUGCGACUGUCAAGCUCUAUCAGUACUGUCAACGAGAUUACGGAGACUCACUCACCUGGCGUAAAUUCAGGAUACGAGGACUUGUUCGUUGUGCUCUUAUACCCCCUUAGCAUUCUUCGUAGUAUGCGAAAUGACAAGAACAAGAGCUUGUGGGACGAUCAUAGUCAACGAACACACGAGAAUGAGGACAAGGAGACUUUGAGACACGAGGCUUUGUUUCUAGAGAAGCGCACACAGAUCUGCUUGCCUGUAUGGACGUCUCUGGUCAGAAACUUUUACAGGAUUGCCCAGCACAAGCGCGGAAGAGCCAAUGCUGUCUUGAAUGCUCUUGCAACUCGACUUCUGAAGUUCUAUGAUUUUGGCGUGCCAUACGUCUGGAUGCAGCCUAUGAGCGUCAGUUUCACGAGUAUUCUCGUGGACACAAUGAUCUUGGCGGACCCCAAGGCAGCGCUCAACACACCUUUGGGACGCGGCGCCUACUAUGGACUUGAUUCAUCAAAAUCACAGCCCAAGCAAAGCGUGGAUUUUGUGGAUGGUGUGUUGGACGUCUGCCUGAUGUUGGUAAAGCAAGCGUAUAGGGGUAUCCAACUCACCAAGGACCUGGAGGAGGACCCCGCCAAGAUCCCAGCCAUGCAGGACUCUGCCAUUCUCUUGCUGGAGAAGGUGAUCAACAAAGCGCCCACGUCACUUGUCAUGCAGUGGAUCCACCAUCUACACAAGGCGAUAUUGCUCUGGUUGGCAGACUCUGGGCACGCCAUCAAAGACUUGCCCAAGGAAACCCGGCAAGCGUACCAGGCACGACUUGAGACUCUCUGGAACGACUGUAUCUUGCACCGGUUACAGAGCUGUGGAGAAGAGAACAUGGAGACCGGAGCAACGUCCGGCUUUGGAUCUGUCGUGGCGCCUCCGUCGACGACUAUCCGAGGCGCAUACGAUCGCGCAGUGGCAACCCGUGGCGCAGGAUCAGGGACGGGGUCGAAGUCUGCAGCGGGAGCGGGAUUGCUGUCAAGGUCGUCAUCGUCGACAUCACUCUCGGGAGGAUAUGGUGACAAAGCAGCGGCAGGUCCAUUUUCGUCCGAGGAGCUUGCGCGCCUGUCGCCCCUGCUAGUAGCGGCUCUUGUCUCUGGACGGAAGGCUGUUGUGAACAAGACGCUCGAGUUUUGGAAUGAGACGUUUGGAAUGUCACGGGUGGAUUUGAUAUACCCCGAGGCGUUUGUCGAGGCGAUGCGGCCGCUGAAGUUGGUUGCGACGGUCAAGUUGCCCGGUUGGAGCUACGAGGACAGUUCUCAGACGGAGACGCCUCAGUUCUCGGCGUCCAUGUCACAGGAGGCCUUGCUUUCUAUCCCUGUAGAACUGAAUGUCAGGGUCAGCGCUUCAAAGUUGAUGAAGCAGAAAGCUGGACUUGCAGUCUCGUCUUCGUCGUCGCCUACUUCAUCCCCAAAGAAGGAUGGCCCAAUGACACCAACAUCUGUCAAGAACAGGGCCAGGAGAUCCCGUCUGCUUUCGGAGGAGGAGGAGGAUGAUGAUUAUAAGUUUGAGAAGGAGGAGGGGGAUCGGGAGGACAGGACGCCAACAAAGAGGAAGAGAAGCAAGUUUGUGCAUACUUUGGAAUUGGAUCCCGUCAACAAGAGUCUGAUUGGCAGGUCGAGCGAGCAGGUGAGAAGGUCGUUAUCGCCUGAUGAUGCUGGAUUUUGGGAUGAGGCCGAGGUAUCAACACCAACCAAGCAGCCUGUCCAGAGGAUUCCCAGCCUCACUAGAAAGGAACCACGGAAAAACUUGCCGGCUCCUCCUGUCUGGAGGUUGGAGCCUCCAUUACAGCCAUAUGACCCUGCCAAAGACGACCUAAGCGCCGCCACUCCAACUUUCCCAUCGUCGCCUGCCACACCUAUUGCUGCUGCUCCUGCCUCUGCCUCUGCCACCGCAUCUGCAGCUGCGUCGCCAGAGACGAAUACACAGACCACCGUCGAGCUUGGAAACGACUCUGAGGUGACAGCUAUGGACAUGUCCCAGCAACUCAAGCCAAGAAGCCUGCCAUUGGAGGUCACCAACAUGGAUGUCGCUGUGGAUAGUACAAAGGAGGCACCUGUGGAGCAUCAUAAGGAAUCUGUUGCGGAAGGUUCCAAAGAACCGAUCGCGGAGGCUCCAAGGGGGGUCGUUGUUGUGGAGGGUCCCGUGGAACUAGCCGCCGUGGAGACUCCAAAUGAAACCGUUGUUAUGCAGAAACCUGUGAAGGCGACUGUGGAGAAGACGGUCAUUGGCGAGCCAGGCGCUAAUCGGGCGGAGAUUGUGAUUGAGGACUCACAGAGCAUCGCCAAGGUCGAGGUUGAUGAAGGAAAGAGCAUGAGCGUGCUCUCACAACAGAGUGCAUCUAACGAGCCCGAGAACUUUACAGAUUCAAAGUCUCCAAAGCAGGAACAGGAGCAGGAGACCAAGGUUCAGGAAGAAGUCAAGGAAGUUGUUGUGGAAGUGAGGCGUAAGCGUGGCAGGCCACCAAACUCGUCCUAUGCUUCUUCUGCUUCAUCAACUCAGAAUGCUUCCUCUUCUCGGUCCACCUCGUCUUCUCCGGCAAGCAAUCUUGAGCCCAGGAGAAAGAAGGUCCAGAGAGGAUCUCCAACCACAACAUCACCGACAUCGGCAUCGGCAUCGCCUUCGGACUCAGUCUCGGUCUCGGCUAGGAAUCUUACAGGCGCGUCGGACGAGAGCCUUCUGGAAAAUGGAGCGAGUGUGGGAGGAAGCCCGGAUACUGUUAUUGCGGUUGCGAAUAGGCCAUCAAUGGAGCAAGACGGGCCAAUCGUCGAUUGCACAGAGUUUAUGACGGCCCUUCGCCGAGUCGAAGAGGCCAAGGAGCUACUUAACCGGUUGGAUUCUAGACAAUUGCUUGAAGUGCAGAACCAGAUCAUUGCGUUGAACCAGGCGGUCUGUGGCGUGUGGAGCCAAAGGGUCAAUGACAUUCCUGGCCGAAAGGACUAG